AUGCUUAAUCAAAUCAUGACCAUUGUUAUUUCUGUUCUUUUCUGUGGUACACUUGUAGUUUCGGUCAAUCCUGCUGCAUCUGUUGAAGAACAACGUCAUGCUAUUUCAUUGCCAGACAACUUUCGAUUACCAAAUUCACUCUGUAUGUCAAUGCUGUGCUUCAGGCCAUGCCUUUGCAGUAGCUAUCGUGAUCACCGUGGAUGUGAUACAUGUAAUUGUCGUCCAUAUGAUGGCAGUGGAUGUGGUGACGAUUUGGGAAAUAGCUUAAUCUCUAUUUUGAUUGAAUGA